UGUGGUAAAAAUGGCUUCAUAAUGAAAUGGAAUGGCUUCAUGGGCCGGGCCCAGCACUUAACCUAUUUAAUCCAAGAGGCCGCACGCAAACGUGAGCAUCUCUUGAAAUUCCUCUGCCCUUUUUCUUUUCUCUCCAAGCAAAAUAAAAUCAAUUUUUUAAUUUUCAGAUUAAUGAUGGCAAAAUCCAACAAGCAGCAACAAAAAUCUGAUUCUCGAAAGCAUGGGGUUAGCCUGCGUAGGUUUUCCUCUCAGUGUACAAGGUUUUGUGAAGAUGCCCACCAUGGCAAAAGAUGUUUAAAAGCAUCGGAGAAGAAAGACUGGGAAGAUGCAGUUUGCUCUGUGUGCAUGGAGUUUCCUCACAAUGCUGUCCUCUUGCUUUGUUCCUCUUAUGAUAAGGGAUGCCGUCCUUAUAUGUGCGCUACUAGCCAUCGGUAUUCCAAUUGUCUUGAACAGUAUCGGAAGGCUUACGCUAGGGCUGCUCCAACCCAGAGUACACAACCAUGGCAAUUGUCAACAGAUGAUCCAGACUUAUCGGGAACAUCUGGUUGGCCUGAUAGAAAGGUGGAAACUUCCGAGCUCUUGUGCCCACUUUGCCGUGGGCAGGUGAAAGGUUGGACCGUGGUGGAACCUGCUAGAAAGUUCCUUAAUGCGAAGAAGCGAAGUUGCAUGCAGAAUAAUUGCUCAUUUGUCGGAACCUAUAAAAAGCUAAGGAAGCAUGUGAAGUUGGAGCAUCCUCUGGGGUGCCCUCGAGAAAUGGAUCCUUCAAAUAUGGAAAAAUGGAAAAAGCUUGAAAAUGAACGAGAUCUAAGUGAUGUGUUUAGCGCAAUUAGAUCUACCAUGCCUGGUGCUAUUGUUGUAGGGGAUUAUGUAAUAGAGAAUAACUAUCGUGGUUUUUCUCGGGGUUAUGAUGUUGAUCAUUAUUUGGAUGAUGCGAUUUUCAGGAUGGGACAGGUGCAUUCAUAUGGUGGACGUUGGAAUAGCUCUCAUGAUUUUUUCCAGGAUGAUUAUAAUUCACUAGACGAGGGAGAUUUUGCUAUGCGUCAAACUGGGGCUGCUGUUUCAUCUAGACGAGUUGGAAAUAAUGUCUCCCGAUCAGUGCAGCACCGUGCACGAUUGUUGGCUGGAAGGCGGCGACGGCGGCUUAGUGAAAGUCGGUAGCAGCAUUGGUGAUUUCAUGUCUAAUAUGAAGGUCUACAUUUGAGUUUCAAUGUUGGGUGUACUUUUUCAUUAAACAGUAUCAAAUCGACCGAACAUUAGAGGUUUAUACUAUGCCUCAACUUAUUGAACAGAUUAUUGAAGAUUCUGAAUCUUCUUUGUAGGUGCCAAAUCUUGGAUGAGUAGUUCAUUAGCUGUACUUGCCGUUCUUUAUCAUAAGGUUCAAGUGAUAUGAUAGCUCAUAUUAAUCGUAAAAUAUUUGAUCAGUGUCA